CCAAAGUAAUAAAGACCAAAUUGCAAGUGCGAGGCUUCCACCUUCUCCUUCCUUCUUCUUCUUCUUCACCCUAUAAAUAUGUCAAGCUUGUCUCUCACUCUCUCCCUCUAAUUCCACAUCAUCUCUGUUUCUUCUCUCACCACUUUCUUACAGACACACUACUAGUACAUACACACAUACACAGAGACACACACACACAUAUAUAUAUAUAUAUAUAUUGUAAGUGGAGGAGAUAUGGGAGAUGGGUAUGGAUCAAACGGGAAUUUGCCACCGGGAUUCAGGUUUUAUCCGACGGACGAAGAGCUCGUCGUUCACUUCCUCCACCGCAAGGCUUCGCUUUUGCCAUGUCAUCCUGACGUCAUCCCCGACCUCGAUCUCUAUCCCUACGAUCCUUGGGACCUCCCCGGGAAGGCGAUGGGGGAAGGGAGGCAAUGGUAUUACUACAGCAGGAAGACACAGAACAGGGAGACGAGGAAUGGCUACUGGAGAUCCAUGGAGAUGGAUGAACCCAUUUUCACCAGCUCCGGCAACAGGAAGGUCGGCGUCAAGAAGUACUUGACUUUCUACCUCGGAGAUUCUCCGACCAGCUGGCUGAUGCAAGAAUAUUCCCUCCCAGAUUCCUCGUCCGGCAGAUCUUCUUCCAAAAGAGGGAUCCGAAGUAGUGGUUCUAGUCACAGAACAGAUUAUGGCAAGUGGGUGUUAUGCAGAGUCUAUGAACAAAACAGCAAUGAGGAAGACGAUGAUGGAACUGAACUCUCAUGUUUGGAUGAGGUCUUUUUGUCCUUGGAUGAUCUUGAUGAAGUAAGCUUACCAUGAUAGUCACAUAACCACAAAAAUCCCAAAAAAAAAAUAAACAAAAAAAUGGGUUUAGUGGUUUGAUUUUAGUGGGCAAUAAUUUUCUAAAAUCUUUGUCCAAAAAAAAAAGAAAAAAAAAAGGAGAAUGACAUCAUUCUUACAAGUGAUAUGUUGUAAGGUUCCAUUCCAUCCAUAUCCCAAUCCACAAGCAAGAAGCAAAGUUAGCCUUUGUAUUUUUUUUUAUUAUAACAUUCAAAUAUACAUUUCUUUUUUUGGUUA